AGAGUCCCCUCACACGUUAUCUUUAACGUUACGGCUCAUCCAUGUGACGAGGACCGGAGGAUGGACCGAACUCUGAUGCGGUCGUGAUGGACCCGGUGGAGGGAUGCGGUUCUCCGCGGGGUCGGUGUCCGUGGGCCCGUUUCUCCUCGUGGUUGGAGUGCGCGUGUGUCGUUACCUUCGACCUAGAGCUCGGACAAGCCAUAGAGCUGGUGUAUCCUCAAGAUGUGAAACUCACAGAGAAAGAAAAGACCAGCAUCUGCUACUUGUCCUUCCCUGACUCGUACUCAGGAUGCCUUGGCGACACUCAGUUCAGCUUCAGGUUACGUCAUUCGGUUGGUCGAAGAGGGUCAAAGGUCAGAGAAGAUGUUUACAACAGAGAUGCCCCACCCACCCUUCAGACUGAAACGGCCCAUUUCUUUGGUUACGUCUAUUUCAGACAAGUGAAGGAUAUAUCUGUGAAGAGAGGAUACUUCCAGAAGGUCAGUUUUCUGUUCAGCUGUACACACCUGUUCACUUUUCCACACCUGAUUAACCAAGUGAUACCUGUGUUCCAGUCUCUGGUGCUGGUCUCCAGGUUACCCUACACUCACCUGUUCCACUCCCUGCUGCAGAUCAUUGCUCCAGAGUUCUUUGAGAAACUGGAGCCCUGUCUGGAAGCAGUAUGUAACGGGAUCGACCAAUGGCCUUCACCUGUACCUGGUCUGACCCUCAACCUGCCUGUGAUGGGCGUGGUCUUACAGGUUCGGAUUCCAUCAAAAACCGACAAACCAGGUGGAAGUCCAGUGAGACAAACUGCUAAAGAGAACCUCCUGCCGGCGCCGACUCUACUGCCAACCAUCCACGAGCUGGACCUUUUCAAGUGCUUCCAGUCGGUCCUGGUCCACCUGCAGAUGUUCUGGGAGCUCAUGUUGCUAGGGGAGCCGCUGGUCAUCAUGGCGCCGUCUCCCACUGUCUCCUCGGAAACCGUGCUGGCUCUCGUCAGUUCCAUCAGUCCUCUGAAGUUCUGCUGCGACUUCCGUCCAUAUUUCACCAUCCAUGACAGCGAAUUCAAAGAGUACACGACAAGGACUCAGGCCCCGCCUAACGUGGUUCUUGGAGUCACCAAUCCGUUCUUCAUUAAAACUUUCCAGAACUGGCCUCACGUCAUACGACUUGGAGAAACCAAAAUGGCAGGUGAUCUACCUAAACAGGUGAAAGUGAAGAAACUUUCCAAGUUAAAAUCCCUGGACACUAAGCCAGGUAUCUACACGGCCUUUAAGACGUUUCUACACAAAGACAAGAUUCUUAUAAAGAGACUGUUGAAGGGGAUUCAGAGGAAAAGACCUUCAGAGGUUCAGAGCGCGAUCUUAAGGAGACAUCUGUUAGAGCUCACUCAUAGCUUCAUCAUCCCGCUAGAGCGCUAUAUGGCGAGCCUGAUGCCUCUGCAGAGGUCGGUGACACCGUGGAAGACUCCUCCUCAGGUUCGACCCUUCAGUCAGGACGAGUUCAUGUCCACUCUGGAUCACACCGGGCCUCAGCUCACCUCAGUGCUCAAAGGUGAUUGGAUAGGACUGUACAGGAAAUUUUUCAGGUCUCCAAACUUUGACGGAUGGUAUCGUCAUCGACACAAAGAGAUGACGCAAAAACUGGAGAGUCUUCACCUGGAGGUCAUCUGUGACGCUGACCUGGUGAGUUGGACUAAAGAUAAAUCUGAGGUGGAAAUCGUCGACUUGGUUCUGAAGCUGAGAGAGAAACUGGUUAAAGGUCGCAGGCUGCAGUUGAAGGACGAAGCUUUGGACAAACUGGACUCUUUUAUAAACUCUACCAUCACCUCACUGCCUGGGGACCUGCAGAGGGUGCUGAGUGCACGCUGAGUAUACGCUGUGUACAGUGUGUAGAGUACACAGUCUGCACGCCGAGUACACAGAGUACAGAGUAUGCACGCUGAGUACACAGAGUACAGAGUAUGCACGCUGAGUAAACACCUUAACAUGUAUUAUAAAAUCUCCACAACGAACAGAUGGAGAUUUGAUACAUUUAUUUUGAUUAUUUAUGAAUCAGUUUCUUUUCACGUAUUUAUUAAUAUUUUUCGCAACACCUUUUGUUUAAAUGGUUGUUUAACUAAUAAAUAAUAGUUUAACAAUGA